AUCUCCGUCUUUCCCCGCCAGUCACUUCUCGGCCUCACAGCUACGCCCGCCCACCCAGAGGGAGGAAAGGCGCGGACUGUUUCCCAUCGUGCUCUGCGGGAGGGCUCACCCUGCUUCACCUCUUUCUUAGCAGCCUCCGGCCGGGGAGACUACAACUCCCAGCGUCCUCCGAGAGGCAGCGGCGGCGCUGACGACUCCCGGGCCCCGCCCCCUAUACCGCCCCCGCCCGCCAAAGUCUGCGCGCGAAUUCCGUGGCGCGAAUUGAGGGCUGCAGUCGGGCGACUAGUGGUUCCGGGUGUAACGCGCAGGACGGCGGCGCGCGGGGCCGGCGAGAGGCAGGAGCAGCGGCUGGAGAAGAGGCGGAGAAGAGGGGAAGGGAGAAUUCUGGCCCAUCAUGCAGCGAAGUAUCAUGUCAUUUUUCUACCCCAAGAAUGAGGGCAAAGUGAAAAAGCCAGAGAAGGAGACCUCCAACAGCGUCAGAGAGAUGGAGCCGCCUCCAAAGGUGGCACUGAAGGAGCGGAAUGGAGAGGUGCCUGAGAGUGAUUCUCCAGUGAAGAGGCCAGGGCGGAAGGUGGCCCGGGUCCUGGGCAGUGAAGGGGAGGAGGAGGACGAGGCCCUCACGCCCUCCAAAGGCCAGAAGCCUGCCCCGGGCUCUCCACAAGUCUCCCCUCCUAGCCCUGUCACAUUGCCCGAGAGCAGCCCUUCCCUCUCCAGCACCUCUCCUGUGGACAUCUCCCCAGCAGGGAUCCCAAAGCGGCGGACGGCUCGGAAGCAGCUUCCUAAGCGGACAAUCCAGGAUGUCCUGGAGGAGCAGGCCAAGGACGAGGACAGAGAGGCCAAGAGGAAGAAGGAGGAAGAAGCUGAGACCCCACCAGAAAGCCUCACAGAGCCUGAAGUGACCCAAAAGAAAGAAGCAGAGGGAGGGGACCAGCCCGUGACGUCCCCUGAGCACCCAGAGACCUUGGCAGAUUCCCUGCCGGACAGCACCUCAGAGCUUGAGGUGGCCAGGAAGCAGGAGGCUCAGGAGGAGGACCCGGCCAAGCCGCCCCCCAGAGCUCCCAAGACGGUCAGCAGCUUCUUCGCCCCCCGGAAACCAGCAACCAAGAAAGAAGGGAAAGAAGAGGUACCUGGCACUCCAAGACAGGAGGAGGCCAAGGGACCCCCGGACCCCCCCAGCUACAAUCCUGCCAAGAACAACUACCAUCCCAUCGACGACGCGUGCUGGAAGCCAGGCCAGAAGGUUCCUUACCUGGCUGUGGCCCGGACCUUUGAGAAGAUUGAGGAAGUUUCUGCUCGGCUCCGGAUGGUAGAGACGCUGAGCAACUUGCUGCGUUCUGUGGUGGCUUUGUCCCCUCCAGACCUCCUCCCCAUCCUCUACCUCAGCCUCAACCGCCUCGGGCCGCCCCAGCAGGGCCUGGAGCUUGGUGUUGGUGACGGCGUCCUCCUCAAGGCAGUGGCCCAGGCCACGGGACGGCAGCUGGAGUCUGUCAAGGCCGAGGCAGCCGAGAAGGGUGACGUGGGGCUGGUGGCGGAGAGCAGCCGCAGCACCCAGAGACUCGUGCUGCCCCCGCCCGCUCUCACCGCCGCCGGAGUCUUCGCCAAGUUCCGAGACAUUGCCCGGCUGGCCGGCAGUGCUUCCACAGCCAAGAAGAUGGACAUCAUCAAAGGCCUAUUUGUUGCCUGCCGCCACUCAGAAGCCCGAUACAUCGCCAGAGCCCUGAGCGGACGGCUGCGUCUCGGGCUAGCAGAGCAGUCGGUGCUGGCCGCCCUCGCCCAGGCCGUGAGCCUCACGCCCCCUGGCCAAGAAUUCCCCCCGGGCAUUGUGGAUGCUGGGAAGGGCAGGACAGCAGAGGCCCGAAAGACGUGGCUGGAGGAGCAGGGCAUGAUCCUGAAGCAGACAUUCUGCGAGGUGCCCGACCUGGACCGGCUCAUCCCCGUGCUGCUGGAGCAUGGCCUGGAGCGCCUCCCAGAGCAUUGCAAGCUGAGCCCAGGGGUUCCCCUGAAACCGAUGCUGGCGCACCCCACCCGCGGAGUCAGCGAGGUCCUGAAACGCUUCGAGGAGGCAGCUUUCACCUGCGAGUACAAAUAUGAUGGGCAGAGGGCACAGAUCCAUGUCCUGGAAGGCGGGGAGGUGAAGAUCUUCAGCAGGAAUCAGGAAGACAAUACCAGCAAGUACCCGGACAUCAUCAGCCGCAUCCCCAAGAUUAAACUCCCAUCAGUCACAUCCUUCAUCCUGGACACAGAAGCCGUGGCUUGGGACCGGGAAAAGAAGCAGAUCCAGCCAUUCCAAGUGCUUACCACCCGCAAACGCAAGGAGGUGGACGCAGCAGAAAUCCAAGUGCAGGUGUGUCUGUAUGCCUUCGACCUCAUCUACCUCAAUGGACAGUCCCUGGUGCGCGAGCCACUUUCCCGACGCCGGCAGCUGCUCCGGGAGAACUUCGUGCAGACGGAGGGCGAGUUUGUCUUCGCCACCUCCCUGGACACCAAGGACACGGAGCAGAUCGCCGAGUUCUUGGAGCAGUCUGUGAAAGACUCCUGCGAGGGGCUGAUGGUGAAAACCCUGGAUGUCGACGCCACCUACGAGAUCGCCAAGAGGUCACACAACUGGCUCAAGCUGAAGAAGGACUACCUCGAUGGCGUGGGCGACACCCUGGACCUCGUGGUGAUCGGCGCCUACCUGGGCCGUGGCAAGCGGGCCGGCCGCUAUGGGGGCUUCCUGCUGGCUGCCUACGACGAGGAGAGUGAGGAGCUCCAGGCCAUAUGCAAGCUCGGAACCGGCUUCAGUGACGAGGAGCUGGAAGAGCACCACCACAGGCUCCAGGCCCUGGUGCUGCCCAGCCCGCGCCCCUAUGUCCGGGUGGAUGGUGCCGUGGCCCCUGACCACUGGCUGGACCCCAGCGCCGUGUGGGAGGUGAAAUGCGCUGACCUGUCCCUGUCCCCCAUCUACCCCGCUGCCCGGGGCCUGGUGGAUGGUGAGAAGGGGAUCUCCCUUCGCUUCCCUCGGUUUAUCCGCGUCCGUGAAGACAAGAAGCCAGAGGAGGCCACCACCAGCGCCCAGGUGGCCUCGCUGUACAGGAAGCAGAGUCAGAUUCAGAAUCAGCAGGGCGCGGACCUGGACUCCGACCCAGAAGAUUUCUACUAGGCUCCUGCCCGCCCAGGGGCUGGGGGCCGGGGGCGCAGAGGGGCGGACACACAGAUAUCCUCUUGCUUGGCAGACCUGCUGUUGCGGUCGCGGGGGGCAGUCUGGAGUGUCACAGGUGUGCGUGCGUGUGCACGUCUGUGUGUGUGUGUGUGCGUGUGUGUGUGUGAGGGGGAUGGGUUAAGCGGGGUGUGGGAUU